AUGGAGAGACCGAUGGCGCUGGGCAGCGAGGUGCUCAUGAGCCAGGCCAUCCAGCCGGCGCACGCUGACGCCCGCGGCCAGCUGAGCGCUGGGCAACUGCUUAAGUGGGUGGACGCUGCUGCCUGCCUGGCGGCUGAAAAGCAUGCCGGGGUUUCCUGUGUCACAGCCUCCGUAGAUGACAUCCAGUUUGAGGAGACGGCGAGAGUUGGACAAGUUAUCACCAUCAAAGCCAAAGUCACCAGGGCGUUCAGCACAAGCAUGGAGAUCAGCAUUAAGGUCAUGGUACAGGACACACUCACUGGCACUGAGAAACUUGUUAGUGUGGCUUUCUCGACAUUUGUCGCCAAACCAGUUGGGAAAGAGAAGGUUUGUUUAAAGCCAGUCACGCUUCUCACGGAACAAGAUCGUGUGGAGCAUAAUCUGGCUUCUGAGAGAAGGAGAGUCCGGCUGCAGCACGAAGAUACUUUCAACAACCUGAUGCGGGAGAGCGGCAAGUGUGCGGAUCUUAAUUCUUCUGAGGAAGAAGGAUCAGUGUCGACAAGGGGCACCUCUGCCCAGAGCGUUGAACUUGUCCUCCCGCCCCACGCAAACCACCACGGGAACACUUUUGGUGGCCAGAUCAUGGCCUGGAUGGAGACGGUAGCUACUAUUUCUGCAAGCCGCCUGUGCCGGGCACACCCUAUCCUCAAGUCCGUGGACAUGUUCAAGUUCCGGGGCCCAUCCACAGUUGGAGACCGCCUUGUCUUCAGUGCCAUUGUCAACAACACAUUUCAGACCUGCGUGGAAGUCGGGGUGCGCGUGGAGGCCUUUGACUGUCAGGAGUGGGCCAAGGGCCGUGGCCGGCACAUCAACAGCGCCUUCCUCAUUUACCAGGCAGUCGACACCAAGGGCGAGCCCAUCAGCCUUCCCAGGAUCAAACCCGUCUCGGAGGAUGAUGUUAGGCGCUACCGGGGAGCCAUUGCACGCAAGAGAAUCCGCCUGGGCAGAAAGUAUGUCAUUUCCCACAGAGAGGAGGUUCCACGUUGCACCCACUGGGAUCUAAGCAAGCAGGCAGCGCUCAGCCGUGGCAACGUGGAGGCGCUCAGAACACUGGCAGCCAAGAGCGGCUGGGAGGUGACCAGCACUGCAGAAAAGAUAAAAAUAUACACGCUGGAGGAGCGGGACGUCCUGUCCAUCUGGGUGCAGAAGCAGGUGGAGAGUCCUGCACACCUGGCCUACCACCUGCUGUCUGACUUCACGAAGCGGCCUCUGUGGGACCCCCAUUACAUGUCCUGUGAGGUCCUAGACUGGGUGGGCGAAGAUGACAAGAUAUACUACAUCACCUGUCCUAUGGCCACUGGGGACAAACCGAAAGACCUGGUGGUGCUUGUGUCGCGCAGAAAACCCGUCAGGUCUGGGCAUGCUUACACGGUAGCAGUAAAGUCCGUGGUGCUGCCGUCCGCCCCACCAUCGCCUGAGUACAUCAGGGGUGAAAUUGUGUGUGCCGGGUUCCUCAUCCAUGCCAUCGACAGCUACACGUGCACUGUGUCCUACUUUAACCAGAUAUCUGCUAGCAUCCUUCCUUACUUUGCUGGAAACCUGGGCGGCUGGUCCAAGUCCAUUGAAGAAGCCGCAGCCUCUUGUAUUAAAUUCAUCGAGAACGCUGCCGUGAGCAUGUCUUAAGGAGUCAUCUGUUAAUCACUUGUCAUUUCCUUUCUCACUUUUCAUUCAAGCAUCCUGACCCCUGAUGCUGGGAAGUGUUGGGAAGAGGGGAGCGAUCACAGAACUUCA